AUGGACAGUGAUCAACCGAUCCUGAUGGACCAGAGCAGUGGGGACCAGAUCAUUCAAGAGCCUGAUGUCGAGGUGGUUACCUCAACCACUGCUGACCACAACACUGUUAUCCUUGACAAUACAUUGUCAAUGGCUGGCCUCCCUUCUGCAGAUGCCAUUUCACCACAAGAGACCAUUGUGAAUACCAGCUAUGCAGAAAUUGAUGACGAAUGGCAUAUGCAUAUGGUUGCUAACGGCAACCCAGACUGUAACAAUCUGGUCACAGAUAUCACAAAUGUAACUGUAAAGACAGAAAGUGCAGACGCGAUUGCUGAUGGCAAUUACAACGAGAUGGACGACGAAUGGCAAAUGCAGAUUCAGCUGAUCAGUUUGGUCACUGAUGUGACAGUGAAAAUUGAGAACGAAGAGAUCGUUACAGAAUCAAGUAAUGAUUCUGAGAAUGUAACCCUCACAGAACUGGCUGCAGAACCAGAAAUCCCCAUAGAGAAGCAAGAAUUCAGUGAGCCUAGCGUGGUUCUCAUUGAUGAGGAUACUUCCUCCCUGAUUGAAACCAAUGACAUGAGUGCUCCAAUUCAGGUGAUAGCAGCUGAAGAUCUAGAUAAUACCUACUUUGACGUUGGCAUCCAGACAAUUGGAGAAGAGUACACAGUCACUGAUGACAUUAGCAGCUCUGACGACAUCUUCAAUCCUUGGCAAGCAUCACUUGUGAGGCUCUACCUAAUCAAACUCACAGAUGAGCAUCCGUCCCCCCAUUUGCUAUUUCUCUUCCUUUUCUCUCCAGUUGCUAUUUCUCUUCCUUUUCUCCAGUUGCUAUUUCUUCCUCUCUCCAGUUGCUAUUUCUCUUCCUUUUCUCUCCAGUUGCUAUUUCUCUUCCUUUUCUCUCCAGUUGCUAUUUCUCUUCCUUUUCUCUCCAGUUGCUAUUUCUCUUCCUUCUCUCUCCAGUUGCUAUUUCUCUUCCUUUUCUCUCCAGUUGCUAUUUCUUCUUUUCUCCUUGCUUUUCUCUUUUCUCUCAGUUGCUAUUUCUCUUCCUUUUCUCUCCAGUUGCUAUUUCUCUUUUUCUCUCCAGUUGCUAUUUCUUUCUCCAGUUGCUUUUUCCUUUUCUCUCCAGUUGCUAUUUCUCUUCCUUUUCUCUCCAGUUGCUAUUUCUCUUCCUUUUCUCUCCAGUUGCUAUUUCUCUUCCUUUUCUCUCCAGUUGCUAUUUCUCUUCCUUUUCUCCAGUUGCUAUUUCUCUUUUUUCUCCAGUUUUUUCUCCAGUUGCUUGCUAUUUCUCUUCCUUUUUCUCUCCACUGGCGCAUUUCUGGGUUUCUCUCUCUCUCUCUCUCUCUCUCUCUCUCCCUCUCCUUCUCUCUCUCCCUCUGUCUCUCUCUCGUACAUUAA